AUGGACGAUUCACCAACAGCAUUACCCAUAACAAAAACGUACUUAUCAUUAAAACCCAACAACAGCAUCAAUAACAAAAGCCAAAUGCCAGAGUUGAAGAAAAGCUUAUUCUCUCCUUCAUUCAGGGCAUUAUCAUGCAAGACUCGGAGAUCAAUGGCAUUGGCUUAUGUUUUCACCUUCAUUUGCGUGGCAUGCACCGUCUUCUUUGUCUUCAACAACCCUUCUACGAACCAUUCCUCCAUUUGGUUCACAAAUAUCCUUAAAAACAGGUCCCAGUUUUCUUCCUUUUUCUCUCACUACUUUUUCCCAAAUAAUACCUCCCAAAACCCAUUUAUUCCAAACCAAUUUUCCCGGAAAAAUAAUGGGUUUUCCGGGAAAAUUAAUAGUUCCUAUAUUUCUCCAAAUGGGUCUGCAGUUUCUUACGGUGAAAAUGGUGAUAAUAUAGAAGGGGUUAGACCAAAUGCAAUGUCGAACCAUACAGGUUUAUUGAAUAGAGAGAGUGAUGGAGCUGAAGGUUCAUCAAUUAAGAAGAAGAGAAAAGAUAAUUGGUUGAAAAUACUGGAUCGUUGUGACAUUUUUUAUGGAGAUGGGCGCGAUAAUGCUUACGAGAAGUUCAGAUGGCAGCCUAAACAUUGCAACUUACCAAGGUUGAGUGGUGGGACUUUGUUGGCAUUAUUGAGAGGGAAGAGGUUAGUGUAUGUGGGUGAUUCUUUGAAUAGGAAUAUGUGGGAAUCAAUGGUUUGCCUGCUUAGAAAUUCAGUGCAAGAUAAGAGCAGAGUCUAUGAAGCUUCUGGCAGACAGGAAUUUCGGACAGAGGGUUCGUACUCUUUUGUAUUCACGGAUUAUAAUUGUUCAGUGGAGUUCUUUCGAUCUCCAUUUUUGGUUCAAGAAUGGGAGAUGCCGGAAACGAAUGGAUCAGCUGGAUCAACGAAGGAAACACUUCGGCUUGAUCUGGUUGAGAGAUCAUCUGAUAAAUACAAAACCGCAGAUGUCCUUGUCUUUAACACAGGCCACUGGUGGACUCAUGAGAAAACAUCUGCCGGGAAGGGUUACUACCAAGAAGGUAGCCAUAUUUAUGGUGAAUUGAAUGUUGUUGAGGCAUUCCGGAAAGCUAUGACAACAUGGGCAAGAUGGAUUGAAGCCAAUGUAGAUCCCGUGAAGACCCUCGUUAUCUUUAGAGGAUAUUCAGUCUCCCAUUUUAGUGGUGGAGAGUGGUAUUCUGGUGGGAAAUGUGAUAACGAGACUGAACCAAUCGACAAUGACAGAGAUCUAUCACCAUCACUCUAUCCUCCAAUAAUGGGAAUGUUGGAACGGGUGCUACAGGGGAUGAAGACACCAGUCUUCUAUUUAAACAUUACAACGAUGACAGAUUAUCGCAAGGAUGCACACCCAUCAGUUUACAGGAGGCCAAAUUUAACAGAGGAGGAGAGACAAUCACUAUUGAGGUACCAGGAUUGCAGCCACUGGUGCCUUCCCGGUGUCCCUGAUACGUGGAAUGAACUGGUAUAUUCUCAAAUCUUGAAACAUGAUCACAAGCAACAACAACAUCAUCAUCAACAACAACAACAACAACAACAACAAAAACGACAGCAUGCAGCAGAAAAAAGGAAAGGUAAACUGGAAAAUACAGCUUUGUAAUACACAUGGAUAACACCACUGCAGAUCAAUUAAUGUUUCUGUAAUACUAGUUUUUCUUGAUGAAAAACAAGAAAAGAACUGGAGAAGAUCUAAGGAAUGGUGUUGUUUUAGAAUGAAGGGGGUUGUGUUGAGUGGGUAAGAGAUGUAACAAAGGGGAAGGCAUAGAGGUGAGGAACUUGGUUUCAUUUCAUUGAUGGGAUGUUUGCCCCAUUUCUUAUGAUAUUGCUUAUUU